UCUGGCCACACCGUUAGGUCCACGUAGAAAACAAACGGACGACAUUGUCGACGUGCAUAUAUUUAAUUAAGAUUUAAACAUACAGCGAGAUGCAAUAAACAAAGAUCAAUUGAAAGGACCAGCGGACUGGCACGCGCAGAGGCAGUGACUCCGUGCCCCUGACACUGACAACGGCUCCUCAACUGAGCAUCUACAAUAAACAUACACCAAAAUAUUUAAAUAUGUUGGGUGGUAAACGCACAAGCUCUCGUCAUGUUGUGGUCGUACUAUUGAUGUGCCUCUUCUGGUACGUGAUUUCGUCCAGCAACAAUGUCAUUGGUAAAAUGGUGCUCAAUGAGUUCCCAUUCCCAAUGACCGUCACCCUCAUCCAGCUAUGCAGCAUCACCCUCUAUAGUGGGCCAUUCUUUAAUUUAUGGCGAAUACGUAAAUACCAGGACAUACCGCGAGCUUACUACAUGCGACUAAUUGUCCCGCUGGCCAUUGGCAAGCUGCUCGCCUCGGUCACCUCGCACAUAUCGCUGUGGAAGGUGCCCGUAUCAUAUGCCCACACAGUUAAAGCGACCAUGCCGCUUUUCACCGUCGUAUUGACGCGUGUCUUCUUUGGCGAGAAGCAGCCCACACUGGUGUACCUGAGCCUGCUGCCCAUCAUAACUGGCGUGGCCAUUGCGACUGUCACGGAAAUCUCGUUUGAUAUGCUCGGCCUAAUCAGUGCACUCAUCUCGACCAUGGGCUUCUCCCUACAAAACAUCUUCUCCAAGAAGGUGCUCAAGGAUACGGGCAUACAUCACUUGCGACUGCUGCAUUUGCUCGGCAAGCUAUCCCUAUUCAUUUUCCUGCCCCUCUGGCUCUACAUGGACAGCAUGGCCGUGUUCCGGCAUUCAGUUAUUAAAAAUCUGGACUAUCGAGUGAUUGCGCUGCUCUUCACCGACGGCGUUCUCAACUGGAUGCAGAAUAUAAUUGCGUUCAGUGUGCUGUCGCUGGUUACGCCACUUACAUACGCCGUGGCCAGCGCCUCGAAGCGGAUAUUCGUGAUUGCCGUUUCGCUGCUGAUAUUGGGCAACCCGGUCACGUGGGUGAAUUGUCUGGGCAUGACGCUGGCCAUCAUCGGCGUGCUGUGCUACAAUCGUGCCAAACAAAUCUCGAAGGCCAGAGAGCUGCCGCUGCAGGUGCCAAGCAGUCAUAUUAAGUAUACGCCGCUGCAAGACAACUACUAUCGCAGCUCGCUCAAUGGCAACAUUGGAAAUGGCCUGCACAAGGGCUCUGCGACCGUACAAAUGCCAAUGCCAAUGCCCAUGAGCACCAACAGCAGCAGCAGCAGCAGCAUCAGCAACAGCUUGCUGGUGAACGGCAGCGGGAUGCCAAGCGGGAGCACCACGCGCCUGCUGUUCGUAUAGUUUUCUAAUUAGUGCAAUUGUUUUGGAAGAGCUACAACAUUCGUUCACAACUCGUCGUCGCCUCACGUCUGGCAUUCAUUGAUGGCUAAGAUAACAUUUCUUAUCAGACAGAGUUCGCUAUCUACGGGCAAUCCGAAUAAUUGAAUAGUAUUCCCGCAUUCAAAUCAAACAAUAUUCAAUGUGCUCUCUCUGCUCGUGUGGCACAUUUUGUUUGUAGUUUUCCCUCCGGUUUCCAUUUCAUUUUCUUUUCUUACCGUUGAUUUCCUGCCCAUCUUUUUUUUUUUUUUUAAGUUAUCUUGUAUAAUAUUGUAUGAUAAAGAAAUAUGCGUGUGAGGCGGUAUGUAAAUAAGUAUCUAUGAUUGAGACUGAAUCCGCAACGGAUUUGCCUCAGUUGCCGCUGAAAGGAAUAUGAAUAUAUUGUUUUCUCAAUUCGAAUUAGAAUGAUAAUGCCUUACAAUUGUAUGUAUGUAUGUAUUUACAAAAUCGAAAUGCGAAAUGCGUGUGUAUUCAAAAUUGUUGACCGUGUACAUAGGCAAUAAACACAUAUAUCUACUA